UGGUACUAUUGUUUGUGGGCUGGCAACCAGGCCCUGCUGGGAAAUGAAAUCAGCAUCUCCAUAAAAAAAUGUACAGCAAUGAAGUGCUGUACAAUUUCCUGGAAGACGACUGCACAGACCUUGUUCUUAAAACGAUGGGUCAUUUUUCAAGUUCUUGUAGCUUAACAGGAAACACUCCUAACAGAAAGGUUCUGAUUCUUUAUAAUAAAUCUGCAUAGCACUGUUGGCUUCACGGAUCAGGAAGUUGACACGCCGACUGUCUGCUCUGACACAGCGGUGCCCCCACCCAGAGCACAGCUGGGCAGGCAGAGGUGUGUGGUUAGUGCAGCUGGAAGGACUCUCCCCUUCAGGUAGAAUCAUCCAGCGGGGGGAGGAAGUUCACAGGGCCGCUUCAUGCCAUGGCGAGCAGCGGCAGCGUGUGUUCGGCUGAACGGAGCCAGCUGCAGGACUCCUCUGAGUCGGACUCAGAGACGGAGGGAGGUCCUGCCCGGCCGGCGGGAGUCGAACCUUCGCCCGGCUCUUUCGCCCGUAUCCAGGUGAUCCACAGCGGACACUUCAUGGUGUCAUCGCCGCACAGCGACUCGGCGGCGCGCCGCAGGAAGAGCGGCGGCUCGCUGAGAUAUGACUUCGACACGGUGAACAGAACGUGGUGCCAGACCUACCGGUACCACUCCGGGAGCCUGAGCAUCGACCCCACUCUGACCCGCCUGUUCGAGUGCAUGUCUCUGGCGUACAGUGGGAAAAUUGUCUCUCCCAAAUGGAAGUCUUUCAAGGGUCUGCGCUUGCUGUGGAGGGAUAAGAUCCGUCUGAACAAUGCAAUAUGGAGAGCUUGGUUCAUUCAGUAUGUAGAGAAGAGGAAGAACCCAGUGUGUGGGUUUGUCACCCCGCUGGAAGGCUCCGAGGCAGAAGCUCAUCGGAAGCCUGAAGCAAUCAUUUUGGAGGGCAGCUACUGGAAGAGAAGGAUCGAAGUGGUGAUUAAGGAGUAUCACAAGUGGAGGAUUUAUUAUAAGAAAAGGCUUCAGAAAAAGAAGGAUGAUAUUCUGUCAAUGCUGCAGGAGGGGCAGACCUGUCAGGCCAAGCUGGACAGAUGGUCCAGUCAUUCCUACCAGGAACCUGAAGUUGCCCCAGUAGAGGCCCACAUGUUUGACCUGGACUGCCUUCUCUCCGACAUCUCGGACACGCUGUUCACCAUGACACAAAAACCCUGUCCCUGGACCAGCGACCUACACAACACAUACACAAGCAAUGCUGACAUGAUCCAGCCUGGCCUGACUCCACUGCAGCCCAGCAUGGAUGAUUUCAUGGACAUACCAGAUAUCUUUCUGAACUAUCGAGGUCAACCCACUGACCAGAGUGGGUAUGCUGACUGUAGCUAUUUUGAGACCACACCCAGCACAAUUUAUGCUCCUGUUCCAUCUCCUGUUGAGACAGCCCCUCAGCUACUUAUUGACACCCAGCUGGCUCAGCCUAGUCGGUCUUCUGACAGUUUACCGCAGCCCUCCACAUCCAGCCCUCGCUCAGAACAGACCAGGGUGAGCCAGGAUUGUGGAGAGUACCAUACAUCCAGCUUGGGAUCAGAAGCCAUGCCAUAUGGACAUCAGUCAUACCAUGAUGCAUCCGUUUCUUCAGCAUACACCGGUAACACAGCUCAACCAGUUUCUGCAAGUAUUCCUUUUUUGCACCCGCUGCCGUGUCACAAGUUUGGGUUCUACACAACGAGUGCGACCUCCACUGUUAUCACUCAUACGGCCUCCACCAUGGGAGCUCAGGGCUCUGUGUACCAGGCUCAUACCUACGCUCCAGCAGUGGACCCGUACUCCCAGACCCACUGCCACUCUCUCAGUUACCCAGCUGCCACAUCUGACCCAAUCCACACUGCUCUUGCCCCUGUCACAGCAACCCAUUGCCUGUCUGUCCCAGAGCAGGUGGCUGUUUCAGCAGUCAGAGGGAAACACAAGCAAAAGACAGGAGGGAUGCGAACAGUUGGGUCUCCCGCUUUGCCCUCCAACCCCCAAUCUACUGCCCCCGUGCCAACCAGCUGCCUGGCUAAACUGCUUUCCUCCAGCACACAUGAAAAAAAACCAACACUUGGAUUUAAUAGUGCCACUCCGAUUACAACUAAAGGUCAGAGGUCAACAUCUAAGAGCUCUGUGAAAUCAUGUGCUGUUCAGCAGACAAGCAGGGUUGCUCAAGUUGGUGGAGUUUCCUCAACACUGCAGCGUGGAACCGGCUGGCCUACAGUGAUGACACCUCUGCUUGGCCACAGUGGACCUCAUGCCAGCAGCUUGAAAGGCUCAGGGGUGUCUGCUCUUCUUACCCAUGGGUCCACCAACAGCACCACAGCCCUGCUCAUUCCCAAGACGGAGAAGCUAUCACCUGUUCCGCACUUUUCCACAGAUAGGAGCAGUUUGACCGUUCAAUUUACUGCUCGUCCAGGCCAAAUAUCUCCACCGAACCCUCUAGACAAGGCCUCCAAUCCCGAGUCCCCACAGUCUGGCUUUUUAGGACAAGGAAAGUUGGAAUCUACAAAGCAAACAGAGACCAGGAGGAUAACUCACAUCUCUGCAGAGCAAAAGAGACGUUUCAACAUCAAACUGGGAUUUGACACUUUACAUAACCUUGUGACAACACUCAGCUCCCAGCCAAGCAUAAAGAUCAGCAAAGCUACAACACUGCAGAAGACAGCAGAGUACAUCAGCAAGAUGCAGCAGGAGAGAGCUCAGCUGCAUGAGGAGGUUCAGAGACUCAGAGAGGAGAUCCAGCACCUAAACUCCUCCAUCAAUGCUUGCCAGCAGCAGCUUCCAGCCACAGGUGUUCCUAUCACACGGCAGCGCUUUGACUACAUGAGGCAAAAGUUCAGAGAGUACGUCCGGGCUCAGACUCUGCAAAACUGGAAGUUCUGGAUUUUCAGUAUAAUCAUUGAGCCUCUGUUUGAGUCCUAUAAUGGAAUGGUUUCCACCGCCAGCGUGGAAGACCUGUGUCGAUCCACUCUCUCCUGGUUGGACCAGCACUGUGCCUUACCAGCACUUAGACCCAUGGUUUUGAGUUCACUCCGUCUCUUAAGUACCACCACAGCCAUCUUGACUGACCCAAGUCUUCUACCAGAGCAGGCCGCAUUCGCAGUAACCCAGGGGGACCCUGCUCCUGCUGUGGACCACUCCUUACAACCCAUUACGCGGCAGUAGUAUUAACAACUUACGGACUACUAAAGAAUAUCCUCUGAAAAAAAUCCUGCUUUGUCAACAGACAGAAGUAUGGAAAGCUUCUUUUGACUAUUUGCGUGCUUUUUAGUGUGUCUGGUGUCUAAAACACGCUAUUAAGAGCCACCUUUAUUAUGUUUAUUAUUGGGCAACUAAAAACUUAAUAAAUGCCAACAUGUGCUUAAUAAGUGCCACCUAGAGUGUAUAUAUAUAUAUAUAUAUAUACUUUAUUUCUUUUAGGCCAUUAAUACAAACUCUUUAGUUUUGCCAAAUUUAUUUUUAUUUUCCUUCUAAGUACAUAUAUCAGAACCUUUUUCUGUUGUAAACAUCUCAAAGUGAAGAUGAAAGAUCAAUGCUCAGUUUGGAAAGUCUGACUUAGCUUCUGACUCACUGGAUGAGAGCUGUUCAAACUAAUGGAACCAGAUGUCUGUUAAAUGCUACCAGGUAUGAUAACUUCAGGUGUCGCUUAUUAAAGGUCUGUCAUUUAUUAAGUGUGUAGUGGUGCUUAAUAAACACCAGGUGGUGCUUUUAACAGCAUUUAUUGGACACCAGGUGACUGAAAAACAUGUGAUUAAUGGCAAAAAUGGCUUUCCAAACUGGACCACCACAACAGCAAAGCCAGGUUUGGACCCAAUGCUGAGUUCUAAGACUGUUUGUAAUUAAUAAAAGUGAUUAUAUUUUCAAUAAAACUCAGCAAGCAACAAAAAGAUGCCAACCAACACACCCAGGAAUUAUACAUGAGAUAAAUGGUUAAAGGUUUACCAUAUACAUGUUACAUUGGAUUAGUACACGCAACAUACUGUACAUUCAGUUCUGUGCCCCAUGUGGAGCUGUCAGUCAUUGUAGCAAUGCUGACUUACAUAAUUGUAUACGUAUAUUGUGCGUCUAUAAAUUGUUUUAAAUCAGUUGCUUUAUGCAGUUACUCUCAGGCUGACCUUUGCUUAUAAAGCACAUCAUUUCUCUCCAUUGUUAAUAAAUAAAGUCAGUGCCUUAUA